UCGCAGUGUCCUGUGGAUGCGAGUGCGACCGCAGCAAGCCCGAUGGCUUCCCUGGCUUCUCAAAGGGAUUAGGUGGUGGUUUCUUCGACUUGGACCAACCCCAAACCAACACCCUGUACGAUACUGCCACUGCCACUGGUAGGAAUCUUCACAUCCGGUAUUGCUGCUAUCGAUGGCACCAGUGCUGUUAUGCUGUGCGACAUUCAUAAAUGAAUGCCGCUGGGUCAGCAGUGGCUGUCCAUCCUCCUUUAUCUGUUUGCCAUUGCGCUGCAGCUUGGCCUUAGGUGCCUGCCCGUUGCCCGCUGCUCGCGGAUUUGCCGUCACGUACGAUAUCGCUAAUGACGCGUGCCAUGGCGUUGGACGACGACCGGACGCGGCUCUUCUUGGCGUCAAAGGCCGAGUGGCGGGCGUUGCUGGAAGGUCACACGGUAGCUGAGCUCAGGUGUCUGGUCCAGCAGUCCGACGCCUUCUUGCUCGUCCAUGCUCUCAAUCUCGCGGACGAGCUUUCUCGACGAGCUCAGCCUU